CGUUUUUAAAAUCCAUUGAAAAUUUUCCCGCGUCGAGACCGAUCACAUGGUGGGUUUUAAAACACAACACAACUACAGGCAGAUUAGCCGACAAGCUUUGGACGUCUUGGCGAAGGAAAUAAAGAGUAGAAAUACGUAUGGCAGAUAAUAUGAACAGUCCUGAUGGCCGUGACGAUCGGUCUCUUGGUGUUGCACCAACAUCCAGUCCUGGUCGUAGCGACCUUGCACCCUUCGAAGAUGAAUCCGAGCUUUUGGGAGAUGGAAUGAUUGAGGAGGAGGGUGAAGGUGAAGAACUGUUUGGCGAUAAAUUAGAAAAUGAUUAUCGUGCAAUACCAGAACUAGAUGUAUAUGAUAUGGAUCACCUUGACGAAGAGGACUACGAAGGUAUGACGAUGGAUGAGCGAAUGCAGGCUGAAAGAGUCAUGCGAAAGAGAGACCGAGAGGAAGCACUGGCUACUGGACGCAUGAGGCCGGGAUUGCUAUAUGAUGAAAGUGAUGAAGAAGAUGAGCGUCCAACUCGCAGGAGAAGGUUAGCAGAGAGGGCAGCAGAAGGUUUUGAUGAGGAUGAUCAGAUGAUAGAAAGUAUUGAAAACUUGGAGGAUAUGAAAGGUCACAGCGUUAGAGAAUGGGUCGCCAUGCCAGCUCCACGGCUAGAAAUUUUCAAUCGUUUCAAAAAUUUCCUAAAAACCUGUGUAGAUGAAAAGGGACACAAUAUCUACAAGGAGAAAAUUAGACAAAUGUGUGAAGCAAACAAAGAAAGCCUUGUGAUAGAUUACAACAUCCUAGCUUCCAAGGAACACGUUCUGGCCUACUUCCUCCCUGAAGCACCUGCAGAGAUGUUGAAGAUCUUUGAUGAAGCCGCAAAACAGGUUGUGCUCGCAAUGUUUCAAAAGUAUGAGAUGAUAGCGAAGGAGAUUCAUGUUAGAAUUGCAGAAUUACCAUUGGUUGAAGAGUUACGCUCCCUUAGACAACUGCAUUUGAACCAGUUGGUGCGAACCAGUGGUGUAGUGACCAGCUCCACAGGGAUUUUGCCACAGCUCAAUAUGAUCAAGUACAACUGUCAGAAGUGUGGGUUUGUGCUGGGUCCAUUCUACCAAGGACAAAACCAAGAGGUUCGGCCUGGUUCCUGUCCAGAGUGCCAGUCUAGUGGACCAUUUGACGUCAACAUGGAACAGACGUUGUACCAAGACUAUCAGCGGAUAACAAUCCAAGAAAGCCCCGGCAAGGUAGCUCCUGGCAGAUUGCCAAGGUCCAAGGAAGCAAUUCUAUUGGCUGAUUUGGUCGACUGCUGCAAACCAGGUGAUGAAGUGGAACUGACAGGUAUCUACCAUAACAACUACGAUGGUUCACUAAACACAGCCAACGGAUUUCCUGUUUUUGCUACUGUUAUUCUUGUUAACUAUAUUUGCAAGAGGGACGACAAGAUGAUUGUUGGCGCCCUAACAGAUGAGGACGUGAAAGCAAUCAUAGCAUUGUCAAAGGACGAGCGCAUUGCGGAAAGAAUAUUUGCAAGUAUCGGACCUUCAAUCUAUGGUCACGAUGACAUCAAACGUGGACUAGCCCUCAGUUUGUUUGGCGGUGUUAAAAAGAAUCCAGGCCAGAAGCAUAAAAUACGUGGGGACAUUAACAUUCUGAUCUGCGGUGAUCCUGGCACGGCUAAAUCGCAGUUUCUGAAGUAUGUUGAGGUCACUGCCCAACGUGCUAUAUUCACCACAGGGCAAGGUGCUUCAGCUGUCGGUUUGACUGCUUAUGUCCAGCGCAGUCCUGUCACUAGGGAAUGGACAUUGGAGGCUGGUGCUCUUGUGUUAGCUGAUAAUGGUGUUUGCAUUAUUGAUGAGUUUGACAAGAUGAAUGAUGCAGACCGUACUAGUAUCCAUGAAGCCAUGGAACAACAGAGCAUUUCUAUCUCAAAGGCUGGAAUCGUGACGUCUCUGCAAGCAAGGUGUAGCAUCAUCGCUGCCUCUAACCCCAUCUCUGGAAGGUACAAUGCAACUUUGACAUUCUCGGAAAAUGUUGAUCUUACAGAGCCAAUACUCUCUCGUUUUGAUAUUCUUUGUGUUGUUCGUGACACUGUUGAUCCAGUACAGGAUGAAUUACUAGCCAGGUUUGUCACUAACAGUCACAUGAUCCAUCAUCCAUCGAACGACUCGGAAACCGACCACUCAUCAAUUGAACUUCCAACGACGUCUGGUAUAGAAAAGAUCCCCCAAGAACUGCUGAAGAAAUACAUCAUCUACGCCAAAGAGAAGGUACACCCGAAGCUGCAUGAUAUGGACCAAGACAAAGUAUCAAACUUGUAUUCUGAGUUAAGAAGAGAAUCAAUGUCAACAGGUAGUGUGCCAAUUACUGUCCGACACAUCGAGUCUGUAAUUAGAAUGGCUGAGGCUCACGCUAAGAUGCACCUGCGCGAAUAUGUAAAUGAAGACGAUGUCAAUAUGGCAAUGCGAGUAAUGCUGGAAAGUUUUAUUGAUACGCAGAAAUUCAGUGUCAUGAAAAGCAUGAAAAAGAACUUCUCUCGCUACUUGGCAUUCAAGAGAGACAACAACGAACUGUUACUAUUUGUGCUAAAGCAGUUGGUGAGUGACCAAAUGACCUACCUGAGGACGCGCUAUGGCAAACAGCAGGAGGUUAUUGAAGUAUCUGACAGAGACCUCGCAGAUAAGGCAAGGCAGAUUAAUAUCCACAACCUGCUGCCAUUUUAUGAAAGUGACAUUUUCAAGGCUCACCGGUUUACUUACGACAACAAACGCCAUCUCAUUGUGCAGACGCUGUAAUGUACUUAUAAAAGUUGGUUCAUCUUUCUCAUUGUAUGUACAUUGUAAUGUAUUGAGUACAAUGGUACCUACAAUGACAUGUGGUAUGAACCAUACAUUGGUUAUCCUAUGACAGAAGUCAUUGUUACAUCAUUUCCAAUAACUAAUGUUUCUAUUUACAUCACUUUGUUUAAAUAAGCAAUAAUGUAGAUAGAUUAUUUUUUUGCUUUGCAAUUGUAAUGAUUUCUGUAUUUGGCUUUAUGUCAACAGCACACUUUAUUGGUAUUUAAAACAUUGCGUUUAUCUUUCCUCUGCAUUUGGAUCAGCAUAAACUCCAGGAUCAUAAUACUUCUAUUUAUUUUUUUUUUAUAUAGUAAACUAACAUGUCCAACAUGCUUUUACGGCCUGAUCUAAAAGAGUAUAAAAAUUAUACAUAUAAUAAAUGUUUGUACACAUAUCAAAACAAAAAAUAAUGUAUAAAAAUUGGCUGAAAGAUCACUUAAAAAAAAAUUUUAAGCUUAAAAAACUUGAAAAUUAUAAAUUGUGAUUACGGCAAGUAAAUACUUUAAUAAUAUUAUCGAUAUACAGUAAAUGUAUAGUCUAUCGUAUGAGAAUAUUGAUUUUGACAAAUACAGAUUAUUAUAGUACUUGGAACUCAUUUAGCCCCUUGAUAAGUAAACAGACAAUUUGGAUGGGAAAAACAGGUUUAACCCACUGUGCUGUGGUACUCUUUAAUAACAUAUUGUAUAUAUUAUGUGAAUUGUCUGUGCAGUUUAUUUUGGGUAACAAGCAUGGUGCACACAAGUAGCUACCUUAAUCCAAGCCUAUUAGCAGAGUUUGCUUCAAAAGUUACUGUUUAGCUAUGUGAUGCUUUUCACAUUUACAUUUGGAAUUUUUUAUGUAUAUCAUUUCUUUUAUAACUUAUAAGCAAGAAAGAUAAGUAAUAGUGUAAAUUAACUGUAUAGAUGGACAAAGUUCUUCAUUGUAACUUAUCAGAAAAUUGAAUAUUCAUGAUAUAUUUGAAUAAACUUCUGAAGACACUGA